UCAACACAACUAAACUCAUUUCUAUUUCUAUAUAAUGGUCACAGUGUAUAAAGAUUCUGUCAGUUUUCUGUGUGUCCAGUUUUGUUACAAAGUCAGAUAGACAUUUAGUUUCAUUUCGGAAUGUACCAAUGCAAACUGGACUGUAAUCGUUGGUCCCACAUAGAAGUCAUUCAUAAAAAGUAAAUUUGUAGCUAUACUAUAACUAUAGCUAUAGUAUAGCUGUAGCCUAUAGCUUCUUGUAGUCUUCAGAACCAUUCCAACAUUACUUUUUACUAACAUUCCACCUUACUUGCUAGAUCGAGUUUUUACUGGAUUCGGAUACAGAUUGGCUCACAAUGACCAAUAGUGAAGCUAGUCGCCAUAAAAAUAUUUCCCAACGUAUUGUUCAGUCCAUAGAGAAAUUUUGGAAUCGGCAUGAGAAUGAAGACUUUCAGGUCAACAUUGACGGUCAGACGAUCAGAUGCCAUAGUUUUAUUCUCGCUUCUUGUUCGGAGUUUUUUGCAAGUUUGCUCAGAUCUAAUAUGAAAGAGAAACUAGAAAUGAAAGUUGAUUUACAGAAUAUUGGCUUGGAAAUUUUUCAACUGAUUCUCAGAAUGCUCUAUACCGGAAACGACUUGUUAACUAAAGACAAUGUCUUGGAAGUUUGGGCUGCAGUUCAUCAGCUUCAAAUCGAUUUCUUAAUUCAGCAAUGUGAAGAUUUGAUCUUGGAGAAUCUUUCUCUGGAAACUUUGGAGACUUACAAAACGCAGGCAGAUUUUCUUCAGUCCAAAAAAGUAUCUAAAGGAGUUUUCAAAUACAUGCUUGAGCACUUUAUGACUAUCAGAGCUACUCAAGCGUUCUUACGAUUAAAUUUUGAAGAGCUUCUAAAACUUAUUGAAAGUGACAGUCUGGUUGUUACGUCUGAAGAUUUAGUUCUUCAAUCUGUUUUUGAAUGGAUCAAUUUUGGAAAUUCCUCUAUUCCUACCGUCAAUGAGAAUGAUGCUACUUUACCAUUGUCCUCUAGAGACACAUCUUCAACAGAAGUCAUCUCCCAUUCUUCUAAAACGGAAGAAUCUAAUAAGGAAAUGGAAAAUGUUAAUGAUUCAGCAGGAGACUUUAAUAAAAAUGAGUCUACAGAAGAAAGUCAAUCAAAUGGUGUCUCAAACAGUUCUUUGACCCAGGCGAGUGCAAUCUCUUCUGUAAGCCAAAAAGACGGAGCCCCAUCAGCACCAAGUCAAUGUCAAGACAACCCGAGAAGAGUUUAUCUACUUCCGAUUUUAAAAUCUACCAGAUAUUUCCUGCUCUCUGAAACAUGCGUUGCGAAUCUCUACCGAAAUAAGUUGAUCCAAAAUAACACGCAAAGCAUAGAAUUUCUCUUCGAAUCUUUAGCCUAUAAGACUUGCAUUCACGUCAACGGAUAUAUGCCACCCGCAGCUUAUCACCGAAGAUGUAGUCAGUUUGAAAAUGUGGGUUUACUCAGCCACAGUAAGAACAGAAUGUGCGCCUAUUCCUUCAUUCAAAACAAAUGGCUACGUCUGUCAAGAAGCACGGAACUGAAUAUAUUUAAAUUGCUCGUGCUCAAUAAUCAACUGUACGCAUGCGUUAAUUACGAGAGUGCUAGUGAGGUGUUUGCGUCACAAAACCAGCAAUGGGUUAGUGUUUUGAAACUACAAGAAAUUGUGUGUCUUUUUUUGCCUCACGAAUCCCAUAUAUACAUUAUCACUUCCGAGAACUCUAAGGUGUAUAGGUUUAAGCCUAUUUCAUCAAGUCAUGAGAUCGACGUUGAUAUCGGAGCAAUCGAUUACGCAAUACGUUUUAACCAGAAUAUUCUUGUCUUUACGACCUCGGACCUCAAAACAAAGGUUCGUUGCUGGGAUACAGACAGGAACAGGUUGUCACAUUUAGCUGAGCUUGAGGACUUCUCUGCUGCCAGCAUGACAAGUUUGAGAGAUAACAGAUCUACCUACAUUCUGGACACACUCGGACAUCUGUUCGAAGUGAAACAGUUGGACACUGUGCAUUUCAUCUUCAUAGAUAGCGUCUGGAGUUCAAGACCUGAAAGGUUGGACGGCUCAGUUCUUUUUCGAAAAACUCUUUACCUCUGUGGUAAGCUUCCCGAAAAGUUUAAUUAUAAAGUCAAGGUCAAGGACAUCUACUCAUCGUUUGUUCUUCUCCGUUCUGGAAAGGUAGAAUUCACCUCAAACUUUAUCUCUUGUGAUAUCUUGAAGAGUGAUCUUAUCUUACCCUAGCCUAAUAACUUGAACAACAAAAAGAACACAGGAUGCUGAACUUUGACUAAGUGAUGAAUUUCAUCAGGAUGCUGAACUUUGACUAAGUGAUGAAUUUCAUCAGGAUACUGAACUUUGACUAUGAAUGUCAUCAGGAUACUGAACUUUGACUAAGUGAUGAAUGUCAUCAGGAUACUGAACUUUGACUAAGUGAUGAAUUUCAUCAGGAUACUGAACUUUGACUAAGGGAUGAAUUUCAUCAGGAUACUGAACUUUGACUAAGUGAUGAAUGUCAUCAAUGGGACUAAGAUUGCAGUAACGUCUUUCCACCCAGAAAAGUGUCAAUAUCGGAAUAAGUGUCAAGGUAAUGACGUCACCUUUUGGCGCAGACGUGAGAUAGAAGCGUAUUUAUUUUUUUUAGUUUUUAUUCUAUUUGCAAGCUUUGUCCUAGUUUAUCAGAGAUUCAGUGUAUUCAAUAUGUUUAUUCCAUUUCUUUUCUUGCCAUGCUAUUAAACUUUGGAUCACUUUUUGUUUUCUAAUACCGGUACUUCCAUAUUACAUUAGGACACAGUCAAUCAAAGUAAUCCAUUUUAUUGGAUCUAGGCAUACUGUGAUAUCAUACAUUAUUUUCAUUUAAAUUUUAAAAUAUUCGGUUUUAGCGCUUUGGUUUAUAUGAUAUUAUGACGCAUGGUUGUGUUUUUAUACAUGUCAUGACAUAAUAAUAUCUGUACAUAUAUUUUUUACAUACAUUUACUUUGUGUGUAUUUUAUUCGCUUACGCGUAUAUGAAUUAAUAUAUUUCGCUAAUAAAAUAUACACAUUUAACC